UCCAGAAAAAGUCAAGGAGGAUCUCUACAAGGACAUCAUGAUGGACAAUCAGCCGCCCCUCACAUCACCGGAUGGAUCCAGUCAUGGGAACCCACCAGAGAGAUGUCCCCGUCCUCUGUAUUCCCGGGAUUCCACACAGGAAGUUCACACCAUUCCUCACCAUCAUCAGGCCACAGAACUGAAAGACCUCAAAAUUGAGAUUAAAGAGGAAGAAGAUGAGAUGUUGGUGAGUGGAGCUCAGCAGUCUAUGGAGAAGGGUGACCCCCUGUAUUCCUGGGAUUCCACACAGGAAGGUCACACCAUACCUCACCAUCAUCAGAGUGAGAGAUGUCCCCGUCCUCUGUAUUCCCAGGAUUCCAUAAAGGAAGAUUACACCAUCCCUCACUGUCAACAGGGUGAAGAACAGAUUAAUAUAAGAUCUGAGGUUAAAGAGGAGGAAGAAGAGACGUAUGUGGGGGGGGAUCAGCCAUCCAUGGAGGAGGUUGGGAUGAAAAGUGAACGGGAAGAAAUGUCUCUACUUAUCAACACAGAUGGCUGUUAUGUAGGGAAUUCCUUGGAGAGACGUCUUCUGUUAUCUGCUGAUUGGAAGUCAGAAGAUAAUGCCAUCACACAGGAUUCUCCAGGAGUGAAUCCAAAUACACCCAAUAUCCAUCACAGACCUUCCUGUCUGGAGACAUCAAUGGAUCCCUCUGAUCAGGGGGAAUCUUCUGACCAAUCACAUACUAGGAGUGCAAAUGUCCAUUUAGGAUCUCACACUGCAGAUAGAUCAACAGAUCCAUCUAAUCCCAAGGAAUCUUCCCCACCCCAUGAAGGAGCUCACCGAGGGGACAAUCUAUUCUCAUGUUCAGAGUGCGGGAAAUGUUUCAGUAGGAAAGAAAAUUUUAUUCAGCACCAGAGAGUUCACACAGACAAGCGUCCUUAUUCAUGUGCAGAGUGCGGGAAAUCUUUCACUCAAAAAGGAAACCUUCUGCAACACCACAAAUAUCACACGGGUGAGCGUCCCUAUUCAUGUUCAGAGUGCGGGAAAUCUUUCUAUAAGAAGGAUAAUCUCAUCAGACAUCAGAGAAUUCACACGGGUGAGCGUCCCUAUUCAUGUUCAGAGUGCGGAAAAUCUUUCACUGACAAGGGAGAUCUUGUUAUACAUCAGAGAAUUCACAUGGGUAAGCGUCCUUUUUCAUGUUCAGAAGUGCGGGAAAUCUUUCACUCAGAAAGGAAACCUUCUGCAACACCAGAAAUAUCACACGGGUGAGCGUCCCUAUUCAUGUUCAGAGUGCGGGAAAUCUUUCACUCAUAAAUCAAGCCUUGUGAAACACCAAAAAAUUCACAUGAGUGAGCAUCCUUAUUCAUGUUCAGAGUGCGGGAAAUGUUUCACUGACAACGGAGACCUUGUUAAACAUCAGAGAAUUCACACGGGUGAGCGUCCCUAUUCAUGUUUAAAGUGCGGGAAAUCUUUCACAGAGAAAGGAGCCCUUGUUUAAACAUCAGAGAAUUCACAGCGGUGAGCGUCCUUAUGUAUGUUCAGAGUGCGGGAAAUCUUUCACUCAUAAAGGUAGCCUUGUUAUACAUCUCAGAUUUCACACGGGUGAGCGUCCUUAUUCGUGUUCAGAGUGUGGGAAAUCUUUCACUCAGAAAGGAAACCUCGUGCAGCACCAAAGAUUUCACACGGGUGAGCGUCCUUUUUCAUGUUCUGAGUGCGGGAAAUCAUUCGUUGACAAAGGUGACCUUGGUAAACAUCAGAGAAUUCACACAGGUGAGCGUCCUUAUUCAUGUUCAGAAGUGCGGGAAAUCUUUCAGUCAUAAGGGAGACCUUGUUAAACAUCAGAGAAUUCACACGGGUGAGUGUCCUUAUUCAUGUUCAGAGUGCGGGAAAUCUUUCAAUCAUAAAGGAGUCCUUGUUAAACAUCAGAGAAUUCACACGGGUGAACGUCCGUUUUCAUGUGCAGAGUGCGGGAAAUGUUUCACUUGUAAAGGAGUCCUUGUUGAUCAUCAGAGGAUUCACACUGGUGAGCGUCCUUUUUCGUGUUCAGAGUGCGGGAAAUCUUUUACUCAUAAAGGAGUCCUUGUUAAACAUCAGAGAAUUCACCUGGGCUAGCAUCUCUGUUUAUGUUCAGAG